GCGUCCCGCGCCUACCAUUCGCGCCGACCGCCGGGGAAUGGCGACGGCGGGUUCGUCGGAACCGCCGUCCCCCGCGAGGGACGGGGAGCGUGGGGCGCCUCGACGGCGCGCGUGGUGGUCGGCGCCGCGCUCGCGCCGGGAGAUGGACGCCGGCUUGAAACGCCCGUCACCGGCGGGGAAAAACGACGGAAGCGGCGUCGCGGGGUGCCUGGGCAGGAUGCGAGCGCGCGGGACGCUCGCGUGGGUGGUUUGCACGCGCGUGAGACGCUCCGCGUCGAACGCGUGGUCGCGAAAGGCGGCGGGGUGGAGCACGGCGUGGCGCAAGAUGGGUUCGACUCGCGUGUCUCCAACGAGGGACGAGCACCAUCGUCAUCGUCGAUCGUCCGAGUGGUCGUCGAGGGAGGCGAACGGAGACGGUGCCGCGACGGAGGAGGCGACGGAGGCAUCGCCGGUCAGGCCUUUCGAUCACGGGGCGAUCGUGACGUCGGAACCGACCGGCGCGCCGCCGCUCAUCUUCGGGGGCGUCGCCGCCACCCCUCGGCGGCUUUCAGAAACAGCGCCACGCGACAGCCGAGACGAAAAAAUCUCACAAAUCUCGCCGCCGCCGCCGACCACCGGGUUCCGGACACCGCGCGGGACGCACGUCGCGAUGGCCUCCCUCGCCAGCGGCGGGGGCAUCGGCAGCAUGCGCACCCUCGGCGGCGGGUCCCCGCUCGCGACGGUGAGGGGCGCCGCGACAAAGUACGCGUCAUCGGGUUCGUCGCGCGGGUAUUCGCCAUCUUCGCGGGAUAAAAACUCGGAGGUGUACUCAGACUCGGAGUCCGACGCGGAGCAAACGGGCGGCGGGGACGGUCGGAGAGGACGCGAAGCGACGCCGGGGUUCAGGCUGUACGACGGGCUGACCCGCGCGGACGGGGACGACGACAAGGAGAACCGUUACGACGACCGUUACGAUGACCGUCGCGACGAAGCGAAGACGCCGAACGAGUCGCGCGUCGCCGCCGCGCUCGCGUCGCUCCCGCCGUUCGUCGGGGACCGUUACGACGACCGUUACGAAGGCGAUGCGGAUCGACGCGCGCGGUCGGCUCUCGGUGACGCGUCGAACGCGGCGGCGAGAGCGGCGGCGAGGACGCCGCUCGGGGACAAGUCUCUGCUUCGCGCGACGAGCCAAUCGUCGCUCGCAAUCAUUCGCGCGGCGUCGGGGGGGACUCGGUCGACGACGACGACGACCGUUACGACGACCGUUACGACGCGGGUGCGCGGGGAGCCGCCCGGGCGCGGCGGGGACACGGCGGAGGCGGAGGAGGAGACGCGCGAGAUGGAGCUGUUCGCGGCGCUCGAGGAGCUGGUGGCCAAUCACUAGCGAGCUAGUAGGAGGCGACGACGCUACACUCUUACGAUAGUCUAUUUUU